GAUCCUUGCCAGUCGUCACUCGUCAAUAACAUCUAAUUUCUCCAUGUGUUCUUAUUCUUCUUCAUCUUCAGCUUAGAAAGCCAUGAAAAGUACUGUCGUCAAGAUCUUUAAUGCAAUGUUGCUGUUACUAGCAUUCAUUGCCGUUAUUUCAACUGCCUCAGCGUACAAACAAACAUAUAUAGUUCAUAUGGACAAGACCAAGAUCACAAAAACCUACAAUUCCCUUGUCGAUUCCAAACCAUGGCACCAAGCUGUUCUUGAUUCUUUAGCUCAAGAGGAACUGGAUGUGACACCUCCGGAGCUACUGUAUUCCUACGAAACCGCCUUUUCUGGUUUCGCCGCAAAGCUCUCUCGAACGCAGUUAAAAUCGUUGAAAAAGAUGGAUGGCUUCGUGUCUGCGGUUCCUGAUAAAAUGCUAAGCCUCCACACCACUCGGAGUCCACUGUUUCUUGGCUUAGAAGGGAAAAAAGGACUGUGGGGUUCUUCUAAUAUACGGUCAGAUGUCAUAAUUGGUGUGGUGGACAGUGGAAUUUGGCCGGAGCAUGUUAGUUUCCGCGACCAUGGCUUGCCUCCUGUACCGGAAAGAUGGAGAGGUGCUUGUGAAAAAGGCACCAGAUUCUCUCCAUCAAAUUGCAACAAGAAACUAAUCGGUGCUAGGUAUUUCUAUGGAGGCUAUCUAGCCGCCGGUGGUAGAAUCAACAAAACAGAAGAAUAUCUGUCUGCAAGAGAUACAGCAGGACAUGGGACACAUACAGCAUCAACAGCAGCCGGCGAUGUUGUGGAAAAUGCAAAUCUUUACGGCUUGGCCAAUGGCUCUGCGGCGGGAAUGAGGUACAGUGCCAGAAUUGCAGCGUAUAAAGUAUGUUGGCCAGGAUGUACAAGCGUUGAUAUCCUAACGGCUAUGGUGAAAGCCAUUGAAGAUGGGGUUGAUGUGUUGACUCUUUCUUUGGGAUCCACUUCAGAAGCUGAGUCUUAUAAUCAAGAUUACCUUGCUAUUGCAUCAUAUUAUGCUUUCAAAAGUGGGAUUUUCGUUGCGUUUAGUGCAGGUAACAGUGGACCGGCGGACUACACCGUGGUCAACACCGCACCUUGGAUCAUGACUGUAGCAGCAAGCACCAUGGACCGAAGCUUCCCGGCAAUUGUUAAGCUCGGAAACGGUCAAACUUUUGAAGGGUCAUAUUUAUACAGUGCUGUUAAGGCCUUAAAGUCUUUGCCGAUUGUAUAUGGAAAAACUGCUGGCCAUUCAGGUGCAGAGUAUUGCGUCCCUGGCUCACUCAAUCCCAAGCUCGUGAAAGGAAAGAUUGUUAUUUGUGAACAAGGACAAGUCAGGCGGACGGAAAUGGGAGAGCAAGUGAAAUUGUCCGGAGGAGCUGGAAUGUUAAUAAUGACCCCACUAGGUGAAGAUCUUGCAACUGAUGCUCACGUUUUACCAGCCGCUAUGUUAGGAGCCUCAGCCACUGAAGCUAUCUUGAAGUAUGUGAAUACAACUAAAGCAUCAACAGCUUCCAUUGUCUUCAAAACCACAACUUACGGUACCCGUGCACCAAAAGUCGCCACAUUUUCAUCUAGAGGGCCGAAUUUAGUUGGCCCCGAUGUGAUCAAACCGGAUGUAACAGCACCGGGAGUCGACAUACUGGCAGCAUGGCCGGCCAAGACUGGUCCAAGCACACUCAAGAGCGACAAGAGAAGGGUUUUAUUUAACAUAAUUUCAGGCACAUCAAUGUCGUGCCCUCAUGUUAGUGGCAUCGCAGCACUGAUUAAAUCGAAGCACAAAGAUUGGUCACCUGCAGCAAUCAAAUCAGCCCUCAUGACAACAGCUUAUACCAUGGACAACAGGAGAAAACCUAUACAAGAUCUUGCAUUUGGUGACAUGGCAUCGCCGUUUGUUUUUGGUUCAGGCCAUGUUGAUCCCACCAAAGCCUCUAAUCCAGGGCUAAUAUACGACAUCACCGCGGAGGAUUAUCUACUUUAUUUAUGCAGCCUGAAGUACAAUAAGUCUCAGAUAUCCUUGUUUGAAGAGGGUUUUGAAUGUCCAAAGAAGGCAACUAUGCAACCCGGUGACCUGAAUUACCCUUCUUUUGCAGUGAAUUUCCAGCUUGGGGCUCAGAAUGCUACUUUUACCUACAGAAGGACUCUCACAAAUGUUGGGAUUCCUAUAAGUUCGUAUAAAGUAUCAGUUGAAGCACCCGAAGGAGUAUCUGUGAUCGUAAGGCCUAAAGUUCUGAGUUUUAAGAAGUUGAAUGAGAAAUUGAGGUACAAGGUGAGUUUCACAGGACAGAGCAGAGAGAAGCCGGUUGCUAGCCCAUCUGUUGGAUCCUUAGUGUGGGUGUCUGGAAACUACAGAGUUAGAAGUGCCAUUGCAGUGACAGGGCUAUAGCCAUUUGUAAGUAUUUUGAUCUUUAAGUUUUAAUGUGUGCUUGUUUAAGGAUUUGAGAUUAAUCUCUGUCGAAUCGGGUUUGAUUUUCUUUAUUUAGACCAUGUUAAAGGGCUUGGGUUACAAUAAUGUCACUUGCCAAAGGAAUAAAAGUCUUUGUGCAUU